CGUCGCCGUCGAAGGUGUGCCCUAGGAUUGCCUCCCGGUCGCUGCCGUCCAGUCCCUGCAGCCGCGCCCCCCCACCUCGGCUCCCGCCCAGCCGCUCUCCCUGCCCUCCUCCCCUUAACCACCCGCGGUUUUUGCUGUCGGGGCCCCGGGACAGGGUUAACGAUGCCGUCGGAGAGCGGAGCUGAGAGCCGGGACCCGGCGGCUGCUCAGGUUGGGACGACUGCGGCCUCGGCGGUGGCCAUGGCCUCCCAGACGAGCGGCGGCCCCGGCCCGGAAGCCUCUUCGGCUUCCCUCGGACGGCACCUGAGUGGGCUGAGCUGGCCACAGGUGAAGCGGCUGGACGCGCUCCUGAGCGAGCCGAUUCCAAUUCACGGGCGCGGCAACUUCCCUACGCUGAGCGUGCAGCCGGGGCAGAUCGUGCAGGUUGUCCGCAGCAGCCUGGAGGCACAGGGGCUGCGCGUGCAUAGUGUGCGGCUACACGGCUCAGCGGCCAGCCAUGUACUGCACCCCGAGAAUGGCCUGGGCUAUAAAGAUCUGGACCUAGUAUUCCGUGUGGACCUGCGCAGUGAGGCCUCCUUCCAGCUGACCAAGGAGGUCGUGCUGGCCUGCUUGCUGGACUUCCUGCCCGCUGGUGUGAGCCGGGCCAAGAUCACGCCACUGACACUCAAGGAGGCAUACGUGCAGAAGCUGGUGAAGGUGUGCACAGACACGGACCGCUGGAGCCUCAUCUCACUAUCCAACAAGAGUGGCAAGAAUGUGGAGCUCAAAUUUGUGGACUCAGUCAGGCGCCAGUUCGAGUUCAGUGUAGACUCCUUCCAGAUCAUCCUGGACUCCCUGCUGCUCUUCGGCCAGUGCUCAUCCACGCCCAUGUCUGAGGCCUUCCAUCCAUCUGUGACAGGUGAGAGCCUGUACGGGGACUUCAACGAAGCCCUGGAGCACCUGCGGCACAGAGUCAUCGCCACUCGAAACCCCGAAGAGAUCCGCGGUGGUGGCCUCCUCAAGUACUGCCACCUCCUGGUGCGUGGCUUCCGGCCACAGCCCAGCACGGAUGUGCGUGCCCUGCAACGCUACAUGUGCUCCCGCUUCUUCAUCGACUUCCCAGACCUGGUAGAGCAGCAGCGCACACUGGAGCGCUACCUGGAGGCCCACUUCAGCGGGGCCGACUCAGCCCGCCGCUAUGCCUGCCUGGUGACGCUGCACCAGGUGGUCAAUGAAAGCACCGUGUGCCUCAUGAACCAUGAGCGCCGCCAGACGCUGGACCUCAUCGCCACCAUGGCGCUCCAGGCGCUAGCUGAGCAGGGCCCAGCUGCUGCUGCUGCUCUGGCCUGGCGCCCUCCAGGCCCCAAUGGAGUUGUGCCUCCCACUGUCAACUACUAUGUGACCCCGGUGCAGCCUCUGCUGGCCCGGGCCCACUCCUGCUACCCCACCUGGCUGCCUUGUAACUGACUCAGACCCUGGCCAGAAGUGACUGGGCCUCCCCAGAUGGAGUGGGGUCUCCAGAAGUGUGUGGAGGGCAUGACCAGAGACAGGCAGCCUAUGCCAGGUGGCCCAGCACUGCUGCAGGGUUGGGCCUCCAACUGAACAGACCAGACUCCCUGAGUGAGGCCCCUGUGGGCAUUAAGGCCAAGCCGGGGUUGUUGGCAGACGGACCCUUUGCCUAUUGCAGCACACUUAGAUCAGCACGACUGUGGGGUACAAGAACUUUUCAUCUUGGGGGUAAUUUCCCUUAGGAGACAAAGUUUGUGUGGGGUGGUAGCCUCAGUGUUCAUCAUCUUGAGUUGCUUUCUGUGGCCUAGAAAGGGUCUUUUUGGCUAGGGCCAGCCUGCAGUGAGCCAGCGUCCUCUGAGGGCCUGCAGCCCAUACAAUGACUGAAAUAUGGUACAUUAUAGGAACUAGUCACUUUGGGUCAGGCUGAACCUGGUGGUCCAACCUGGCUAAUCAAUGGAGGGAGGGAAAGUGAGGCAUGAGACGGACACCUGGAGAGGGCUAUGUCAGGCCCUCUAUGUCAGGGGUGUCCCCUGACACCCCUAACCUCAGCCAUCCAGCAGUGUGGUGAGUAGGCCCCAAGUGGCCUGGGCUCCUUCCCCCAUGUCAUGAGGAACCUUCCUACCCGGGAGCCUGUUCUUAGGGGGAAGACCAAAGUGGCCCCAUUCAAGUGUUCCCACUCCAUUGGUUUGGUUACAGGGUCCUCACUUGGGGGAGGAGAGACACACUCCACCUCCUGUUACUAUUUUGCACUCUUAACACCUGCCAAUAAAA